AUGAAGAGCAGGUAUGGUCGCAGUAUGAACACGAAUCAAUUAAUAUCCCAUCUCCUUCCCAGAGUCAACUCUCAUGUGCACACCUAUACCAAUAGACCACUGCUGAUACACGUAUCGAAAACCCCCGCGGGCCUUACAUUCGAUGCCCAGACAGUAGGAGUGGGGAUGAGCACAAUAGGAAAUCGAGGUGCUCACCACUAUGCAAUAAUUAAUAUUCAAUUUCAUAAAGUAUGGUCGCAGUAUGAACACGAAUCAAUUAAUAUCCCAUCUCCUUCCCAGAGUCAACUCUCAUGUGCACACCUAUACCAAUAG